GAGAGAGAGAGAGAGAGAGAGAGCGAGAGAGGGUGAGAGAGUGAGUGAGAGAGAGAGCUUCUGCAUCUCUGGUGCUAUUCGGAGUGAGUGGAUCGCGAAGAUGGAAUUCGUGAGCCCUCCGCUCACGGUGAGGCGAAACCCUCCUCGCAAGGCCAAGACGCCUGCAUCAAGGCCCCCGGAAGUCCUCAUCCCUUCCUCCUCCUCUGCCACCGAUCGUCCUCCUCUGCGCCCGAUCCAAGCCAACCUCCAGAGCCCACCAUCGGUUGAGGAGGUCCAGAAACCAUUUCAGAAGAAGCCUUCCGAGUCGCCCGCUGAUGAAGACACUCUCCGUGUCUUCCUCCGCAUUCGGCCGCCAAAGGAGUCGAAGACCAAGAAAAAUGCCGCCUGCACCAGGAGGCGAUCGAAGGAGGAAGGGGACCGCGUCUGCUUGAUCGUGAACGAUUCCAGAUCGGUCACUUUAACGGCACCAGCUUCGCUCGUUGACCCUAAACGAAUAAAGAACGAGACGUUCGACGGAUUCAGCCACGUUUUCCAACCUGAAUCUUCUCAGGUUGAGGUUUACGGGAGGGUGAUGCAACCUCUCGUUUUGGAUUUCCUGGGAGGGAGUAGUCGGCUUCUGGUCGCAAUGGGGCCUACGGGUUCGGGCAAGACGCAUACGGUGUUCGGGGCUCCUGAUAAGCCUGGCUUGGUUCCUCUGGCUCUUAAGGAGCUUUUUAGGCAUUCUAGCAUUUACUAUAUCUCAAUGUUUGAAAUUUCGUCCGAGCAAGGAAGAGGAGAAAGGAUAUAUGAUCUACUUCAAGGUGGGAAUGAACUCUCCCUCCAGCAGUCUUCCUGCAUUAGAGGCCUUCAAGAGUUCAGAGUGGAAAAUAUCGCACAAGCAGAGUCUACAAUCAGCCGUGGAAUGUUAAGGCGCACUACUGCAGCGACAAAUGCAAACAGCCAGUCUAGUCGGUCACAAUGCAUUACGAACAUUCGUAGAGGUUCGGAACUGGUUACUGGAGAUGAUACCUCAGAAGUUGCUGUUCUGACUGUUGCUGACCUGGCUGGUGCUGAAAGAGAACGAAGAACAGGAAAUCAGGGGAAGAGGUUGUUGCAAAGUGGUUUCAUCAACAACACAUCUAUGGUUUUAGGCCAAUGCUUAAGGGCCAUCCUUGAACAUCAGCAAAAUCGGAAAAAGCAACUGCAAAAGCAUUUUCAUUGCAGCUUGUUGACAAGAUACUUGAGGGAGUACAUGGAAGCCAAGAAGCGUAUGGCUUUGAUCUUGACUGCUGGCCCUACAGAGGAUGAUUAUGGUGAUACAUCCUUUUUGCUUAGACAAGCCUCACCUUAUAUGAGGAUCAGGUUUGAUAAUAUGGAAGAACGGAAAAAUGUUGAUAAGAAGAAAAGACAAAUUGGUGCAUUAUACAAGUCUGAGUUACCUAAAAGAAGAAAAUGCAAUGACCUUGGUUCAAAUAUGAUGGUACAAGUUUGUGGUGGUAGCAGUGAGCGUGAUGAUUCUCAUAAAGAUGGGUCCUCAAAGCUGAUAGAGCCUAUCGCCGAAACUUCAUGCGUCACUGCUGGUCUGAAUUCAGACAUUAAUGGCAGUCAGCAUGUCCGCAACAAUGAUCUACGUAAUAGUUCAAGAAUAGAGCAUGCAAUGCCGAAGUUCUGCAGGGCUUUAUGGACUGUGCUGAAGGAGUACAAAGAGAAAUUGGUGGCAUCAGAGAAUGCGCUAAAUGAUCUUAAGGCAAACUUUGAGAAAGAAAGAAGCCGAGUCCUAGAAAUGGAGAAAGAACUACUCGAUCUGAAAGCUUCGUGCACUUGUACUAAAAUUUCAAGUAGUGUACCUAAUCCAGUUGAGGUCGAUUCCAUUGACUUUUGUUGCAAUAGUCAGCCAAAUUCACUUGGUGCUUUGCCUCAUGAUGCUAAUGUUGCCCGUGGCUUCUCUGUGGAGAAGGAAAUGGAUGAGCAUGCAUUGAAGGUAACUCCUACACCUUCGCCGCCUUCGCCUUGCCCGAAUGCUGCUCACCGUAUCUCUUAUGACGUCAACUCUGGGUAUUCUGCUGGCCAGGCUGGUGAAAUAUCCUUCGUGAUGGGAUCAACGGAAGCAACUGUUACUUCCGAGGGUGCAGUGGAUGAAAUAAUUGAUGGUUUCAAUGCUCAGCCUAAUGGAGCAGCAAGUACAGAGCUACAGUCAAGUCUGAAUCACGAAAAGCUGCUGCAGAAGCAGUACAUGACAAAAGACAAAGAUGGAGACAUUCCGGCAACAGUUAUUCCACUUAUGAUGUCAUCAGCUUCAGGUUUUGAUUGCCUGAACUCUUUCUCCACAGAGACAUUUGUUGACAAUCUUGUAAAAAGGGAAUCAAGUUCUCAUAGUGAUGCUGUGGCAAUUGCUUGUGAACCUUGUUUAUCCUUAACGACAGAAUCAGCGUCAAUUUGUAAUUCAGAUAUAUCAUCCAAUGAAUGUGCUGGUCCCAUUGGGAGAUUAUUAGAGGAGUUGACUGGCAUCACCAUGAAUGAUCUCCAGAAGGGACUAUGGAAAAAUGACAAACAUUGCAUGUCCAAGAUCUCUGCUCUUGCUAAUAAAUAUGGUGAAAAAAUUGACAAGAUGGACAGUGACACCAGAUGGUCAAAGGACGAGUCAUAUUGUUUGAGAUAUUGCUUUGCUUUAAUUCAUAAGCAAGCACUAGAAAAUGAAGGCAUAAAGCCCAAAGGAGAAACAAGGACAGACACAUCAAGGCAGGAAGAUUUGCAUGCUAUUGCCAUGGCUUCAAGUGUCGCAAGGGCAAUGCACCAUGUUAAGAUACUGGAAACGAAAAAGACUGACUGUUCAAAUGUACACCCUGAUGUUGAUAAGCCUAGAAGGAGAUUGCUGCCAGCAUCUUCUAUGUUGAAACAUGCUAAUUGUUUCAGUACUGAGGAUGGCAUCAUAGAGGAUGGUUUUAGAGGUGUAGGCAGAAAAAAAGCUGGUGGCAAUGAAAAAAUGGGUACUCAAGGAAGAAUGGAACUCAUUCGUUUACUAAAAGGCAGCCAGCCCAUGUAGUAUAUUCAACAUUCGUGGAUAAAUUGGUCUCUUCAGAUAAAAGUGAUUCUGAAAGAACAAUUUUCAGUAAACCAGUUCACAUGACGAGUUCAACGUUCUCAAUAGCUAAAUAAAUGCCACAAGCAGUCAUUACCAAACUCCGGACUGCCCCGUUUCUGCUGGCCUUGUAACGCUGCCAGACCUUGCAUUACUCUAACUGGAUCACUACUCUUGAUGCAAUACCAAUGCUGCUACAUGUAUUACUAAGCUGACAUUGUGCCUUCGGCAGAUUACUUGUGCUAUUCAUCAAUAAUGAAUUUGCCGAAAGCCUUUCUAAGAAGUCCUAGUCUUCUCUUUCGGUGCAUAACUGGUUGAACCAGGCUGCUUCACGGGCACUUGUACAUUUUUCACUUGCUAAAACAAUGAUACUAACGCAUUUGAUUUUUCAUGGGAAACUUAUUUUACAGA